AUGGAGGCCAGAGAAGGAAAGGAACGCUUUCUGAAACAAAGGCAAGUCUUGAUAUUCUUUGUUUUGCUGGGCACAGCUCAGGCUGGUUCCGCGCCGAGGCGUUAUUCGGUGGCCGAGGAAAUGGAGAGUGGCUCCUUUGUGGCCAAUUUGUUAGAAGACCUGGGAUUGGAGGUAGAUGAGCUGGCUGCGCGAGGGGCCCGCGUCGUUUCCAAAGGGAAAAAAAUGCGUUUGCACUUGGAUAGGCAGACCGGGGAUUUGUUGUUAAAUGAGCAGCUGGACCGGGAGGAGCUGUGCGGCCCUACCGAGCCCUGCGUGCUACCCUUCCAGGUGUUACUGGAAAACCCUUUGCAGUUUUUUCAGGCUGAGCUACGGAUUAGGGAUAUAAAUGAUCAUCCCCCGGUUUUCCUAGACAAAGAAAUAAUCUUGAAAAUCCCAGAAAGUAUCACUCCCGGGACUGCUUUCUUAAUAGAAUGUGCCCAGGAUUUAGAUGUGGGAAGCAACAGUCUCCAAAGUUACACAGUCAGCCCCAAUUCCCACUUCCAUCUGAAAUUGCAAAACAGUUCCGAGGGCUUGAUAUCACCACAGCUGGUGCUGGACAAAGCGCUGGACCGGGAGGAACAGUCUGAGAUCACGUUAACUCUAACGGCGCUGGAUGGCGGGAAGCCACCCCGGUCUGGCACCGCCCUGGUCCGCAUUGAAGUCUUGGACAUCAAUGAUAAUGCCCCGGAGUUUGCAAGGUUGCUCUAUGAAGUUCAGGUUCUGGAAAACAGCCCCAUUGGAUCCCAGGUUGCUAUGGUCUCGGCUAGAGAUUUAGACAUUGGGGCCAAUGGAGAAAUAUCCUAUGUCUUCUCCCAAGCUUCCAAAGAUAUUCGCAAGACUUUUCGAAUAAAUGCAAAAUCGGGAGAACUUCUUUUAACACAGGAACUGGAUUUUGAAUCCAUUCAGACUUAUACAUUAAAUAUUCAGGCGAUAGAUGGUGGGGGUCUUUCUGGAAGUUGUGUGGUGCUUGUCCACGUGAUAGAUUUGAAUGACAACCCUCCGGAACUGACCAUGUCAACGCUUAUCAAUGAAAUCCCAGAAAACUUGCAGGAGACUGUCAUUGCUGUUUUCAGUAUUUCAGAUCCUGACUCGGGAGACAAUGGAAGGAUGGUUUGCUCCAUCCAAGAUCACCUUCCGUUCUUCCUUAAACCCUCUGUUGAGAAUUUUUACACUAUAGUGACAAACACAGCCCUGGAUCGAGAGAUGACAUCUGAGUACAACAUCACAAUCACCGUCACGGACAUGGGCACCCCCAAGCUGAAAACCCAGCACAACAUCACCCUACGGGUCUCCGACGUCAACGACAACGCCCCCGCCUUCACCCAGCCCUCCUACAGCCUGUCCCUCCGCGAGAACAACAGCCCCGCCCUGCACUUCGGCAGCGUCAGCGCCACAGACAGGGACGCGGGCGCCAACGCCCAGCUCACCUACUCGCUGCUGCCGCCCCGGGACCCGCGCCUGCCCCUGGCCUCGCUGGUGGCCAUCAACGCCGACACCGGCCAGCUGUUCGCGCUGCGGGCGCUGGACUUCGAGGCGCUGCGGGCGUUCGAGUUCGGCGUGGGCGCCACGGACCGCGGGGCGCCCGCGCUGAGCAGCCAGGCGCUGGUGCGCGUGCAGGUGCUGGACGCCAACGACAACGCGCCCUCCGUGCUGUACCCGCCGCACAACGGCUCCGCGCCCUGCACCGAGCUGGUGCCCAGGGCGGCCGAGCCGGGCUACCUGGUGAGCAAGGUGGUGGCGGUGGACGCCGACUCGGGCCAGAACGCCUGGCUGUCGUUCCAGCUGCUCAGGGCCACGGAGCCCGGGCUGUUCGGCGUGUGGGCGCACAAUGGCGAGGUGCGCACGGCGCGGCCGCUGGGCGAGCGCGACGCGGCCAGGCACAGGCUGGUGGUGCUGGUCAGGGACCAUGGCGAGCCCGCGCUGUCCGCCAGCGUCACGCUGCACGUGCUGCUGGUGGACGGCUUCUCGCAGCCCUACCUGCCGCUGCCCGAGGCGGCGGCCGAGCAGGCGCGGGCGGAUCCGCUGACGGUGUACCUGGUGGUGGCGCUGGCGGCGGUGUCGUCGCUGUUCCUGUUCUCGGUGCUGGCGUUGGUGGCGGUGCGGCUGUGCAGGCGGAGCAGGGCGGCCUGGGCGGGUGGCUGCUCGGUGCCUGAGGGCCACCUUGCUGGCCACCUGGUGGACGUGAGCGGUACUGGGACCCUGUCCCAGAGCUAUCAGUAUGAGGUGUGUCUGAUGGGAGGCUCAGGGACCAGCGAGUUCAAGUUCCUCAAACCCAUUCUUCCCAACUUCCUUGCGCCAGGUGAGGAGAGGGCUAAUGAGGCAAACCCCAGUUUCAGGAAUAGCUCUGAAUUCAGUUAA